CGAGGGGUGCACGGGGGAGGGGUGGUGCGAUGCUUUUAUAUACACUGCAUAUACUGUAAUAUGCAGGCUACCCUUCACUGUCUGUCUUCAGCCAAAAGUUGCACUCUCAAGCAAGCCUCUGCUAUAGCCUAUAUAUUCCUUCUUGUCUGCAAUAUAUCACAUCUCUGAGAAUUUCCCAUCAUUUAUAUUCCUUCUGCCUACAGAUAUAUUUAUGUACAUAUAAAAUCUGCACAGAAUUCCCAAGGCAUAAGAAUUUGAGAAGACUGAAAUGGGGAGGCAACCAUGCUGUGACAAGGCUGGGUUAAAGAAAGGCCCAUGGACAGCAGAGGAGGACAAGAAGCUCAUCACCUUCAUCCUCAACAAUGGUCAAUGUUGCUGGAGAGCUGUCCCUAAACUUGCAGGCCUGUUGAGAUGUGGGAAGAGCUGCAGGUUGAGAUGGAUAAAUUAUCUGAGGCCAGACUUGAAGAGAGGACUAUUGUCAGAUUAUGAAGAAAAGAUGGUCAUUGACCUCCAUGCUCAGCUGGGAAACAAGUUUAGUAGUCCUUCACUAUCAUCAUCAUCUUGUAUAAUAAUUAUAAUGCCCUCUUUUUCUUUUUUUCUUUUCAAUGGUGUGGUUAGAUUUAACAUCUACGAUAAAAAGUGGAGAGUUCAACUUUAGUGGCAGACAACUUUCUAAAUUCAGCUCUAUUGGGCAUCCAUCAUUUUGAAAUUUUUGCACAACAUUCUUUUUCCUUUAAGGUUGCUUCUAAAAUUAAACAAACUUAAAUAGACACAAAUUCUUUGAUCCAAUGAAUCAAAUAACUUUGUUAGUUAUCCAACCUAAAAAGCUCUAGGUCAAGUCUUCAUAAUAUAAGUAAAAGUCAAAUUAUAUACGUAAUUACCAUAUUUAACUCCGGAUUAGCUGGGCAUGAUAUAAUGGUACUGGACACAAAGGUCGUUUUAAAUCAUUUGGGGGUCUUAUGAUAAAAAAAACGGGCUUUCCAAAGUUAAAAUUACGCACAUUUUUAAUCAAGAAAUUAAUUAAGUAUUACUACAUAUAUACUUCGUAUUAGAUCAUUAGAAUCAUAAAAUGUCUGUAUUUUCAAAAUAAACCACUAAAAUGUUUUUAAUUAAAAAAAAGAACCUUUGUUUACUUUACAUUCACAAUUUAGCUAGACCAUCUAUAUUUGGAAAACCACAUAAUAUAAUGGCUUGUUAAAAUCUGAGAUUUCAUCCUAAAAGAUAGUUGAUAGGGGGAGUAGCUAGCGUCUUAAUAUGCCACUUUAUUACUUCCUAAUUUUCGGGUGGGGGACUUUAACAUACAUGGCUCUUAGCAAAAACAAAAAUAUACUCCGUAAUAAAUUGAUGAAUAAUAAUUUUGCUUGCUCAUUAUUUAUAUGAAUUGCAGAUGGUCCAAGAUUGCCUCCCAUUUGCCUGGAAGGACAGACAAUGAAAUCAAGAACCACUGGAACACACACAUCAAGAAAAAGUUGAGGAAAAUGGGGGUAGAUCCAGUGACCCACCAGCCACUUUCUGCUACUAGUGGGGGUGAUGAUGAAGAAGAUGAAGAUCACAAAACAAAGCUGCCAGAAUCCCCAAAAGGUCCCUCAAUUUUUGAGGUAGUCUCAGAAAAGGAACAAAGCUUCUGUAAGGAUGAACAGUCAACGGUCACAGUUGACCAAAUGGAAGUCAAAGAGGGGUUCUCCAUUGACGAAGUGCCUCUCCUUCAACCCCAUGAAAUCCUGGUCGCCCCUCUCUCUUCAACCUCUUGUUCUUCAUCUUCCUCCAAUGGUUUUCUUUCAUCAAACGUUAGUAACAACAACAUUAACAGCAUUCUUGAUGACGUUGACUUCCUGCCUGCCAUUGACUGGCAAUGUGAUUACAUCUUCAGUAAUAUGGGGUUCUGGGAAGAUGACUUCCUCAGCACUACUUUGGAUUCACUGUUUAACAAUGACACUAACAACAACAUCAACAACCAGCUAGAGAAACUCUUUUAGGUGAUUUGCUGAUGAUGAUCAUAUAUGGAUGCAUCUUCCCAAGGAAAGCUAUGUUCUUGUGAUUAUAUUUUGUUGUUUGGCUCAAGAAUGUUUAGACAGAAUUUUAUCUUUUGUUGAUAUAUACUCCAUAGUUUGCAGUAGCUAGUAAAUAUUUUAGAGACUCAGUGAAUUUUAACAGGUACCAUUGACAUUCACUUUAUUUUCAUGUGUACCAUAGAAAUUCACUUAAAUAAUGUAAUUGAAAUAAUGUUCUUUUAAGUUUUUAUUAAUACCUUUGCAAUCA